UUUUCCUUCAUUUCAAGCUUGGAUUCUGUACUUUAAGUUUGAACUGGUAGCUUUGGCAAUUCCGUAGGCAGGAUAUAGGGUAUCAAGAACGACGAUUUUUGUUUUUAGGUGAAUUUAUUCCAAUAGCAAUUUUGCAAACCCCAACUUUUGAAUUUUUCAUUCAUUUUUUUAGUUACUUCCCCAAUUUAAAUAUUAUUGAUAAAGUCUAUUCCUCAUGAUGAAGCAACAACAACAACAGCAACAGCAACAACAGCAGCCACCUCCCGGUGGGAUGAUUAGUCCAGGACUCCACACCUCCAGUAAUAUUCCAAUUAUUCCUGGAAGUGAAGCUAUUGAAAUUGACUAUGAAGCAUUACCGGAUGAUGCUUCAUUAGCAGCACAUCUUUCAGCAGGAGCAUUUGCUGGGAUAAUGGAACACACUGUGAUGUUCCCCAUAGAUUCUAUUAAAACCAGAAUGCAAAUGUUUACCGGAAAUAGUGGAGUAACCAGUUCGGCAUCGGCCAAUGCAUUAAGUAAAUCGGUCAUUUCAUCAAUUUCGAAAAUCUCGUCUAGUGAAGGAGCCUACGCUUUAUGGAGAGGAGUUAGUUCAGUUGUAUUAGGAGCAGGACCUGCUCAUGCAGUUUAUUUUUCGGUUUUUGAAGCCACUAAAACUUUUUUGGUGAAUAAAUUAACCAAUUCUAAAACUAAUAAAAUAGUUACUGAUGAAAAUCAUCCAUUGAUUGCUAGUGGUGCAGGGAUUGCUGGUACCACUGCAUCGGAUGCUUUAAUGACUCCAUUUGAUGUAAUCAAACAAAGAAUGCAAGCUACUUCUUAUUCCCAAUUUCAUAAUUCACAAGGAUCAAAAAUAAAUUUGAAAAAUUCAAAUUCAGUCAAAUUAUUAUCAACCGCUGCUAAUAUUUAUAAAAAAGAAGGAUUGGCUGCUUUUUAUAUAUCUUAUCCAACUACUUUAUUCACCAAUAUUCCUUUUGCUGCUCUUAAUUUUGGGUUUUAUGAAUAUUUCAGUUCAGUUCUAAAUCCAAAUAAUAUUUAUAAUCCUUACUUACAUUGUAUCUCUGGUGGGAUUGCUGGUGGGAUCGCUGCUGCUUUAACUAAUCCUUUUGAUUGUAUUAAAACCGCUUUACAAACUAGAGGUAUUUCAAACAUUGAAUCAAUUAGAAAUAUUAAUGGUUUUACUUCUGCCGCUAAAGUCAUAUAUUCUCAAGGUGGUCUUAGUGGCUUUCUUAGAGGGGUUAAACCAAGAAUCAUCUUCAAUGUCCCUUCAACCGCCCUCUCUUGGACUGCUUAUGAAAUGGCUAAAGAAGUUUUAUUGAAAAACUAGUCUCCUUUUAAUGAAUAACGUUGCAUUUGCAUCAUUUCUCCGUUUAGAAUCGCAUAUUUCCCUUUCUUUCCUUUCCUUUCCUUCCUGUUCCUUCCAGUUUCGAUUCCCCCAAUGUAAAUUUCCCUUGUAUAUAUGAGUUUUGCCCC